GGGGCGAGCAUAUUGCAAACUUCACCCAUUUGAAAAAGUAUUUCCGUUUGUAAACUCGGUCACAUUCACAAAAAAGUUGCUCGUCGAAUCUAAACAGUGAAAACUGUUGCAAAUGUCCGAAAUUUUUCUCAGCAUGGAAUUGAACAUAUCCCGGAAUGCAAACAAAAAACGUCAUCGCCACGGACUAUUUAAGUGUUACAAUGUAAGUGUGUUUAUUAUUGAAUGCCGACUAAUGCUUCGUGGUGUCUUCGUAAACUAUGGAAAUGAUUAGUAGCACAAUCUGUCAAAUUCUUACCGAUGAUUUAACAGGCACUUAUCGACAACGCUGGCAGUUGGAAGUCGAAAGGCAGUUGAAGGAUCAAAAUGCUGGUAUCCCAAUGGAUUUUGGUGUAGAGCAAUGGAGCGAAGACUGGAAGAAAACAGUCGCUCUUCCAAGUUUUUACUGUCUUGAGGAGAUUCAUAUAUUUGCCUUAGCUAAUAUUCUUCGAAGACCAAUUCUGGUAAUAUGUGCCAAUUUUAAUCGUGGUGAAUAUGAUGAACCAAUUGCUGGUGUAAACCUUGGUGGCAUAUACUUACCACUGUUAUCUGACUCCGUGGGUUGUAUCAAAACUCCUCUUUUGAUUCGCUAUCACCAUGGACACUUUACAGAACUUGUGUUGACAGAAAAUAAUGAAGGAGUAUCAUUAAUGAAAUACGAUGGUCAGCCUAUGAAACUCCAUUGUUUGUUACCAGAGGAAAGCAAUUUCUCAGAUCGAUUACUGCGGGAAUACUUGAAUUGUUUUAAGUUGAAUUACACCGAUGAAAAUGGGUGUAUAACGAAAAUACUUGUAGCUAAAAUGUAAGCCUGUGAUACAUGUGGCUAAAAUAGCCUUGUGGGAAGUCUUGCAUGGACGCUGUUCUAACGAUAUAAAAUAUACAAGACAUUCAAGAACUUUAGAAAAUAUGUUUAGUGAGCUUCCAAGGUGUAAUAUAUUAUUCAGUCCAGGAUGACUAAAAAAGCGUUUUUACUUGAGAAAUGCUCUCUUAUGUACACGAGCUUCCAUCUAUUAACUAGUCAUUAUACAUACCUUAAUUAUACUAACUAUUUUUAUAUACCUUAAUUACACAAACUAUUUAAACAUA